GCGCGGCGGUUCCGCGGAGACGUUUGAAAGGGGGCAGCGCUGGGCGCGCGCGCGCCGCCGCCUCGAGGCGCGGGGAGGGGAGCGGGGCGCCCGUUGCUGCGGGCUGCGCGCACCGCCGCCCCUCGCCGCCGGUGUCUCGGCGCGGAGCGGAGCCCGGCGGCGGCGGGAGCGCCACACCCCCGUGCCGCAGCCGGGCAGCCGAUGGCGUUCUCGCCUGUGGCCGUGGGCUCAGAGGUGGCGCCGGAGCCGGGAGGCAGCGGGAGGCUCGGCGAGGAGGCGGAUGGCGAGAGGGAGUUGCUGCUGCGGCUGGGUGAGAGGCUGGUGCCGGGGAACCGCCUGAAGGAAGUGGUCGGCUCCUCGCUGGCGUCGCUGUGCCUCGGCCCCCUAGCCGGGCCUCAGCGCCUCGGGACCCUCGUGGACUGCCUGGCGCUGAACUACCGCCUGCGGCAGGGCCCGGGCCGGAGCCGGGACCGCGGGGCCGCGGCGGAGGGCGGCGGCGCGGCCGGCGGGCCGCUGCGCUGCUGCGGCUGCCGCAGGUUCCUGAGCGAGCCGGUCACCGUGCCGUGCGGGCACAGCUACUGCCGCCGCUGCCUGCGGAGGGGGCUGCGGGCCCGCUGCCGCCGCUGCCGGGACUGGCUGCUGCCGGCAGCGGGCACCGGCCCGGCCGCUGCCCCGCUGCGGACCAGCGUCGUCCUCAACCAGCUAGCGGAGAAGUGGUUCCCGGGCGAGUGCCAGAGGGCGAGGACCGGCGGCCGCCUGGAGGAGCUGCUGGCCCAGGGCCGCUUCCGAGAAGCCCUGAGCGCCGCCAGCCAGGCUCUGCGAGCGGAUUCUGGUGACUUGAUGCUAAGAAUUUACAGAGCUGAGUCAUAUGCUGGCCUCCAGGAGUAUAAAACAGCCAUAGAAGACCUAAAUUUUGUUAUUUCUAAAAUGCCAAAUUGGCCAGAGGUCUACUUCCAGAAAGGAAAAGUGCUGCAUGACUCUGGCUUUGUAGGUGAUGCCUUACAACUAUUUCUACAGUGCUUAGCCCUUGAUGAGGAUUUUCUUCCAGCCAAGCUAGAAGUAGAAAGGACAUUGUGUGAUGUGCUGUCACCAGAAAUUUUAGGAGAGAGUCUGAAGGAAUCUUCUUGGAAUUCACCACACGUUCGAAAUAAACCUUUUAUACUUGGUUCUGAGGUGACUGAGUCUUGCUGCAAUUUACAACUUUGUCCUGAGCAGAGUUUAGGAGAAUCAGCAAUACUGCAGCCUGUCAGCGGAAGCCUAAGUCGUGCACAAUCUGCCCAUGCUCUUAACUCAACAAAAGAUCUUGCCAAGGAAGAUGGCUUAAAGAGAGUAUCUUCUGAACCUCUUCUCUCUGGCCAAGAAAAAAGUGUUUUCUUGAAAAGAAAGCUUUCCUUUUCAGAGCACGAUACAGUUGUAUUUGAAGAUGGAAGAAAUAAACAUAAAAAGCAAGGAGAAAAUACAAAAAGGGACACAGCACUGGCUUAUGGAACAAUUCCGGAGAAUUUGAUUGAUGUGUCCGAUUUUGAGUGUUCUCUGUGUAUGAGACUGUUCUUUGAGCCAGUGACAACCCCUUGCGGACAUACUUUUUGCAAAGGUUGCUUGGAACGGUGUUUAGACCAUGCUCCUCAGUGUCCACUCUGUAAGGAGAGUUUGAAAGAGUACCUAGCAAGCAGGAGAUACAGUAUCACAGAACUGCUGGAAGAAUUAAUAAUGAAAUAUUUGUCUGAUGAGUUGCAUGAGAGAAAAAGAAUUCAUGCUGAAGAAACUGCUGAACACUCAAACUUGACCAAGAAUGUUCCAAUGUUUGUUUGCACUAUGGCAUAUCCUACUGUGCCUUGCCCUCUACAUGUGUUUGAGCCGAGAUACCGACUAAUGAUUCGCAGAAGUAUGGAAACUGGGACUAAACAGUUUGGGAUGUGUAUAAGUGAUUCUCAAAAUGGUUUUGCAGAUCAUGGAUGCAUGCUGCAAAUUAGGAAUGUUCAUUUUCUGCCUGAUGGGCGGUCCGUUGUUGAUACAGUUGGUGGAAAGAGAUUUAGAGUUUUACGAAGAGGGAUGAAAGAUGGUUAUUGCACUGCAGACAUUGAAUAUUUGGAAGAUGUUAAGGUUGCUGAUGAAGAAGAGCUAAAGAAACUGAGAGAACUUCACAAUUUUGUUUACAAUCAGGCCUGUAGUUGGUUCCAAAACUUAAGAAACAAAUUUCGCACUCAAAUUCUUCAACACUUUGGGCCAAUGCCUGACCGUGAGGAAAAUAUACAGGCAAUGCCCAAUGGUCCUGCUUGGUGUUGGUGGCUUCUAGCUGUUCUCCCGGUGGAUCCCAGAUACCAACUCUCAGUUCUCUCUAUGAUGUCUUUAAAAGACCGUCUGAUAAAAAUCCAGCAUAUACUCACGUAUUUUUCUAGAGACCAGUCCAAAUGACUAACCGCCUGGGUCUUCCUGAAAAGCUAUUCUGUUCUGGUUGUAGUAGCAGCUGGAAUUUUUGCUGCCUUUGCACAUCUAGCGCUGGUUUGAGAAGUGUAAUAUGGAACUUCUUUUCCCUUGCCCCCAACUUCCUGAACCACAUGGUUCCUUGAAUGCACACUUUCUUCAACUAUGAGAGACCACUGAUACUUGCACAAAGUCAAUCCAGCCAGAUACUUUCUUUCACAUUAUCUACGUUACAAUUUGCACUAUGUAGAAGAGAACAUUUUGAGACUUGAUUUAUUUUCGCCAUUGACUUUUUUAAAGCUGUGGGAAGUGCAGGACUUAAGGCUGACAGUCCAAGUUUACAACAUUGAAGAGGUAUUAAGGGUUUUGCAAAUAAGUUUGCCUCAUACAAUUGUUCUGUUGCUAUUUGCACAAUUGAAACAUAGUAUUGAAUGUCACUGUUGGAUAUUACUGCUCACGUUGAAUUGUCUUGACCAUGAAGAUGGCACCGUUUUAAGUUAUCUUGUAAAUGUAUGUAUCACAAAACAGGUGACUGUUUGAACUGUAUGCUAAACUGAGAGCCAAUUGUAAGGAACAGAUGCAAAAAAAAAAAAAAGGUACUUCUGUCUAAAAAUACUUAAACUGUGAAUAUGGUUUACAUACUUAGACCUGUAAAUGUUAAAAAGGAAACUGAAAACUAAACCUCAGUUCCAGUUACACUUUUACUGGGCUUUCCAAGCUGGCUGUUCUUCCAGAGCACACACUUAGUUUAUAGAGCUUUUAAGAAACUUUGGGGUGAGUGUGUGUGUGCAUAUUGGGGAUUGUGCAUCCAGGAUUUAAAAGCUUAAAGUUUUCUUUGGACUUAAGUUGGUGCAAAUGUGAGUUCUAUGCCUUACUCAUCAAUAGUAGAGCACACUGCAGUGGCAAGGUUAGCAUCAUGCUACCAGUAGGUACUUUUUGUAAUUAAAAGUUUGCAUAUUUGUGAAUGUCUGAUACUGGCUUUCUUGUAUGUAAAUCAUUUGUAAAGUAUUUCUUAAAUCCUGCUUUUGCUAAUAUAUUUAAUUUUCAAUAAAAGCUAAAAAUUUGUAAUAUUUUCAA